AUGAGUCAUAUCGCUAGUUCUGGCAGGCUUCAGACAACCAUAGCCACAGGCAUUGAUCACACCACUAUUAUUGCCUUUAAUCGUGAUGCCUCCGUUUCCUUGGAAUUACAUUUGCUCCCCCCUAUCUCUCAUAGCAUACACCACACCACUGAAUGGCUCUUACUUCACAAUAUUCCCGUGAGUGCAAGUCUUUCCACGGUGCUCGACCGCAUCCUAGCUGCAGAACGCCAGGCCAAAGAAAAAAUAGAGAACUCUGAAGAAAGUGCAACAAUGGGAGCAGUAGAAAGUGGUGAGUGGAUUCAUGUGGCGCGGGUAGGAUAUGUCCUGAGCGAGAUUCACGCUUACUGCAUAAUUUUGCAGUGCGGGAACGCCACCGAAGCCAAUCUCUUGAAGAUGGUGCUGGAGAAAGACGCUGCACUAGGUGCUACUACGCCAGUAGAGUGUGUUGUCGGUACCGUAGUGGGACUUUUGGUGGAUAAAUCCUACAAGAAUCCAAAAUCCACGAGAAGUGCCCAGGGUUCUGAGGUGAACCAACGGGUUGUCGAUAGCAAUGAGGAUCCGUCGCCCAGUAAGCAGCCGAAUGGACCACUAAGCUACGUAGCAUCGUUGAACGAGAUCAUUCACACCAACUUUUCUGGGCCGGAUAUUAUUCCAAUCUCGACCGACUCGCGGCCACUCGCCACCGCCCGGUCGCUGCCAAGCCUCAGCAGUGCGAACUGUCGGGGCACCCCCUUGAUGAGCCCCGCGGUCGCCACCCCCGUGAAUGUCUCGGCAUGGUGCAGCGCGAACGAGAUCUGCGCGAUCUGCCAAGAGGAGCUCUCGUCCAGGCGGUCUCGCGUGAUUACGCUCUGCAACCACACCUUUCAUGUGGCCUGUUACGCCUGUGUCCCGUCCGCCUUCACGGAGUGCCCGCUCUGCCGCUUUUCCCUCUACGACCUUCUCAACAACGCGCGCUGUGAGCAGUGCCGCACGUACGAGGAUCUGUGGGUCUGUCUGAUCUGUGGGCACGUGGGCUGUGGGCGGGGGCGGUUCAACCACCAACAGUUCCACUACAACCUCACGGGGCACUCCUGUACGUGGCAAAGUAGCACAAACCGGGUUUGGAGCCACCGCUCACGGAUGUUUCUUUCCCAAGAAGUCUCCUUUCUUCUUGGUGAGCAUGACGAAAAAAAAGAGGCGUCAAGCCCAUCCAGGGAUUGCGGCCGAGUGGUGGAGAAAGGUGAAACCAGAGAGACAGAGGAGGACGUCAGCUUACCUGAAAGCUGGGUCACGAGCCCUCGAUGGGUAGAUGAAAAAGAUCAAGACCUCAAAGCUGCCCUCACAGAAAGCAAAGAAGAGGCGGUGCAACAAUUUUACGUCGAUGUUUUACGCAAUCUGUUAGAGGAGCAGCGACUCUGGUAUGAAUCCCUAACUUCGAGAAAAAGCAUCGGUAGUGCUGAUAAAAGCACAACUGACGCGAAACUAACCCCAUGUUUAAGAGCUGUUGACACCAGCUAUUAUAAAGAAGCCUGUGUUACGGCAGAAAGUAAAACGACUGAUUCGUCGUCAAGAAAUGCAGGAGGGGGUCAUGCUAAUGCAUUGGACCACGCCAGUUCUGUCAAAGCGUGUGUUGAGGCUGAACACGAGGAUCGUGUAAGGAUAGUGAGUCUCUACGUUGAGGAAGCGCGUCAGCUUUUCAUUACCACCCUGAUGACACUAAAAAACAUAAUAAAACGAAAACGAGUGGCACAUGAAGAUCUUUGCGAGCAGAUGAUGCUUCUUAUUCACCGGAACAGCGGUUUGGUGAGUCGCAUUGAAAGACUGGAAGAACGCAAACAUCAGGCUGAGAUUCAUGGCGAAAGAUCUCGAAUUGAGAAACAGCAACGCGCCCGAGAACUCCAAGAUGAAAUUUCUGAUUUACUGGAUAACUUGACAGGGAAGUAA